GGGGAGCUGCAGCGGAAGCGCAGCUCCUCUCAGGCAGUUCAAGGGGCCAUGAGACAGAGCUACGUGAGGCAGUGGCUGCUGUCUUCGGCUCCCACAGUAAUGUAAGAUCGAUGAAUUAUCUGUGUAAGUCACAGUCAUCUGGAUCAAUUGUUAAUGGUCAACUCAUUGUUAGUUCAGAGAGUCCGAGCUGAGCUCUGGGUAGUUCAGUCAACAGGAAAGGUAAAGAGGUCAGACAGGAAGGCAUGUAUGAGAAGGCAGUCCCUACAGUCCUGUACACAGCACAGAGCUGGGGAGGGCUCACGCCUGCAAAUCUGCUGCAGGGAGCUGGACAGUAAGAUCAGAUCAGUGCAUUAUUACAAUGCAGGCGCCAUAGACCCGCAACAUAUCAUGGAACCAGGUGACAAAGGUGCCGUCUUCCCCUGCACCAUGGUCCAAAGACUUGAUCCUAUAGUAGAGGAUGAAUCAGAAGAGACAGAACGACGUGAAGGAGAACAGCUCCCAGAAGCAAGAGAAGAUAACGACCAAGGUCAGUCGGAGCAGAUGAAGGCUGAAGGUCUGAGCUCUGGACUAACAGCCCCUGCCCAGAGUUCUAGGUCCAUUGUGGCUUCUAUGAAAAAGGCUAUUUCCUCCCUAGGACCCAAUGCUGUAUCUUCCUCUUCAGACUUCGUACACAUUAAUGAUUGCUUUAAAGAUAAAUCAGAGAAAAAAGCUGAUCAAGCCGACGCCUUAGUGUCAGAUCUCAGCAUCCACCUUGUCAUGGUCAGAGGUGGGAUCCCUGAUGCCCAACUACAAGGAGAGCUCAGGAACAGACUCCGCCUUCUGGAGAAUGACAGCAAAGAAGUGUCUGUGGUGCUGCGUGAGCUUUCGGCUCGGCUGUUGUCUAUUGAGAGUGAUAAAGAUCUGAUAACGGUGACAUUCAGAACAUUGGAAGAGAUAUGGAAAUUUUCCACCUAUCACUCACUUGGAUUCCUGAGUCACUGCAUAGAGAACAUCUUUUUGGAUGAGUCUUUUUGGCUGACCUCCCUGGAGGAUGAAGAUGCGAGAAUUCAAGUUUUGGUUAAUGAGGAGUCGCUGAGCCGCAUUUACAAGGGUCUUUUAAUGGAGGAAGGGAUGUACUAUGUCUUUUGCGCUGACAAGUGUGUGAGGCCGGCAGCUGCUGUGGAUGGUGCGGUGCAGAUAUUACUAGCUACUAAUAGACCCAGCGCUGAUUGGACGGAUAGUGACCCCCCCAUGGGUGAUGACAGAGUAAUAAGCGCUAAAGCCUCUGCGGAAGUGCUAUGUCCCUUUCAUCAGUGGUUCCUGAAAACUAAUAUAGGUUCUGAUCUCAUGGACUUUACAGCGUCUCAGCUGGGAAACAGAAUAGCUGUAGGUUGGUCGGAAGCUGUAAUAAGUCAUGAAAGUAACGCCCCAGAUGAGAUGACCUAUCAGAGCGGAGACAUGAUAGAAACCGUCAGCACUUACAUUGAAUGCAUGGAGUGGUUUGUGGGAAGAAAUGCAACUACUGGAAGUGUGGGCUUUGUAAGAACCAGCCACGUGAAACCUUAUGCAUCAAACAAUGGGACGGACAUCACAUCCUAUCUGGUAGAAGAAGACAUAAUGUGCACCAAAAGCACAGCGGACUUUGACAUGGAGUCAGCUAGGGCGUUACUGCACAAGAUAUCACAUUCUGAGGUCUGCCACUUGUAUAAACUCGAUCGAUGUGAGGGAAUAAAAGACUGCCACAACAGAGAGAUCUCAAGCACAACAUCAACCACUAACACAAAUAACCUGAAAGACAAGUUAGAGAAAUUUUUGUUGAUGCCCAGCUCACCUUGUCCUCAGGACUUCAGUGAUGUACAAGCGAACAGAACUGACUCUUAUCAGGUCCAUGACAUCUGUGAGGAGUAUGAGGACCCCAGUUUCUGUAUUUAUGAGAAAGAGGAAAAACAUGAAUCAUUACAGUCAUUGCUCUUGUAUCUGAAUAGUGAAACAUUUCUCCCAAGCUUCACCAAGCUCUAUGAUGUCUCAUAUAGCUUUCUGAAGGCCACAUUUCAUGGAUACGAUGACGAAGAAGAAUUGGUUCGAUAUCUCAGCUUAGCCCGGGAGGCAGCAAAGAAAUCCAGUAUGACAUGGUCUCAGGCAAGAAUUUGCUUUCUUCUGGGCAGGCUAUGUACUAAGAAACAUAAAUUCUCCCAAGCAAGAGUUUACUUUGAAGAAGCCAUGGGCGUAAUCAAUGGGGACUUCGCUGAUAAUUUACUCUUCACUGCUGUCCACAUGAACUUGAAUGCUAUAUACCUAAGGCAAAAAUCUAAGGAGAAAUGUAUGCAAAUGAUUGACAAAUCUUCCUCCUUAAUCCUUGGACUUCAAAAGUACAUUACUAGCACAGACAUGGAACCUGUGGUCUUGAAAUAUGCCCUGAAAAAGGCAAUACUAAGUAAAGACCGGUACAGUGAAAUAAAAGUGUGUCGACUUUUGGCCAAAACAUUCAUUAACUUAAGACAAUACAGUGAAGCGUUGCCAUUUGUAGAGCGAUUACAAAUCUUACACAACACGACAGACUCAAAUAAGGGCUCAUUGUCAAGAUACUACCUCCAGUUGGCUGACAUGUACAUUCACAAGUGUUUACCACACUUGACCCUAAGCUGUAUAAAUGUGGCCUCCCAGACCUCUAGCAGCUUCAUGGACUCAUUAAGAAGGGUUGGCUUCAUCAUAGAUAACACUUCUAAACUUUGUGUAAUGAAAAAACCAGGGCAGAUAUUCCCGGCUCAGGUUGCGUAUCACCUAAGGCAAGCCCUUAAAUCGGCGGUCACCGACCAAGAACAGGAGUUCUCUACUUAUAUACAUCUGAGCUUAGCUGAAUUGAGCAUAAGACACAGAUUGUAUAAAGAGGCUUAUUCACACAUCAUGAAAGUAGUGGACACCAGUGUCGUCAUUAAUAUGAUGCACAGGGUGGAUAUUUUGGUUUCUCUUGCUUGGCUGUAUAUACUGGAUGGAAAGAACACUGUGGCUCUCGAUAUCUUGAAUACUGUGGUGUCAUUGGCUGUUUGCACACAACUGCAGCUGGGAAUCGUACACAAUCUCAUUGGUAUUGCUCUGAGACGAGAAGAUAAGAUUAAAAAGUCUGCUGAACACUACUGCAAAGCUUUGCAGAUCUCAAGGGACACAGUCAGCUUGCAGAACCAAGGAGCUGUGCUGGCCAACUUUGGCACUCUAUGCUUGCACUUAGAUGCCCGGAUUGUAGCAGAACAAUUCUUAGCUAAAGCCGUGGCCAUUUAUUCUGAGCUUCCAAUUAUGGAAAAUAGAACUGACUUUAUCAAUGUUUUGCUUAUUCUUGGGCAACAUCACAUUACUGGAGGCCACAAGGAAAAGGGGCGGUUUUAUUAUGAAUGUGCCCUUCUAGUGGCAAUGGCAGCAAACAGUUUGGAAGGCCAGCUUCACGCCAUCCAGCUCCUGUGCCAUUUCUAUACCGCGCAUGUGGUUAAUGAGGCUCAGUGCAUUAUCUACAAUGAAUACCAGCUGUCCGUAGCCAGGAAACUGUGCAACAAGGUGUUGGAGGGUCAAGUGCUGGAAACGAUUAGCCAGCUGUUCUUAUCUUUGGGCACUGAAAGAGCCUGCAGAUCAGCACUGGAAUACACCAAAGGAAGUCUGGGCAUUUUUAUUGAUCUUCAAGCAAAAGAAAAGGAAGCGAAUGCCUGGCUAAUGGCUGGGAAGAUCUAUUACAUUCUGGAACAGACUGAGCUGGUGGAUCUGUAUAUUCAGGUAGCCCAGAAUGUAGCUCUAUGCACUGGGGACCCACAACUAGGAAUGCAGCUGUAUGAGGCUAGUGGAGACAUAUUCUUCAACGGCUGCAGCGACCGGAGUAAAGCAACAACCUUCUACCGGGAUUGCGCUCUCCCACUCGCUGUCAAGACGGGAAAUAUGGAGGCCGAGCUGCGGCUGUCCAAUAAACUCUCAGAGCUGCUAGCGAGCAUGGAACUUUAUGAGGAAUCGCUGGAUCAUGCAAAGACGGCGCUAGCACUAAGCGUCAACUUAGGGAAUCAGCUGAAUGAGAGGGUAGCCUAUCACCGGCUAGCUGGGAUUUACAGUCACCUGUGCCAGUGCGAACUUGCAGAGCAUUACUACCUGAAGGCUCUCUCCCUCUGCCCAUCUCCGCUGGAGCUAGAAGAGGAGGCAGUGUACUACAUGAAGGUUUACCUUGUGUUAGGUGACAUCAUAUUCUACCAUCUUAAGGAUCCCUACGACGCAGCCGGGUACUAUCAUCUCGCCCUGGCAGCCGCUGUGGAUUUAGGCAACAAGAGGUGUCAGCUGAAGAUCUACACCCGACUCGCCAUCAUCUACCAUCAUUUUCUUAUCGACAGAGAAAAGUCGCUGUAUUUCUAUCAGAAAGCCAGAACCUUUGCCGCAGAACUUAACGUACGGAGGAUUAACCUCUCUCCCGAGCAGCAUUACCAAACUCUGACACGGACUUACAGCUACUAGACAUAGAAAAAUAGAUAUUUUUACGAAAAGCAAAUAUAUUUUAUUACAAAUGUACAUUAAAAAAAAAAGAUUCACAUUAUAACUUUUAUAUCUAUACAUACAUGCGGACAUAUUUAUAACAGUGUAAAAUGUAAAUUUUGAUCAGAUGCUAACGUGUGUUCAUACUUAUAGAACACAGAGUAACUAUAUACCAAACUGUUAAGUUAAUUACUAACAAUGCUCAAUGGUGAAAAUAUGCAGUAAUCCCGGGCUGAGGGUGGAAGAAGCACCUGCGGCUGCAGCAGGACCUCCCGGACAUUGGUGGUCAUUCCGAUUUGUUCGCUCGUUGCCGUUUUUCGCAAAGGAGCGAUUAGGUGGAAAAUACGCAUGGUACGCAGCGCGCAUGCGUUAAGUAAUUUAACACAAAACUUUGGAGAUUUACACAAGCUCAAGUGACGUUUUUUCAACGCUCGAGUGAUCGUAGUGUGAUUGACAGGAAGUGGGUGUUUCUGGGCGGCAACUGGACGUUUUCAGGGAGUGUGCUAAAAAACGCAGGCGUGCCAGGUAAAAAUGCAGGAGUGGCUGGAGAAAUGGGGGAGUGGCUGGCCGGACGCAGGGCGUGUUUGUGACGUCAAACCAGGAACUAAACAGACUGCCGUCAUCGCAAUCUAGGAGUAGGUCUGGGGCUACUCAGACACUGCAGGGAAUUAUUUAGUAGCAAUUCUGCUAAUCUUUCGUUCACUAUUCUGCUAAGCUAAGAUUCACUCCCAGAGGGCGGCGGCCUAGCGUGUGCAAUGCUGCAAAAAGCAGCUAGCGAGCGAACAACUCGGAAUGAGGGCCAUUCUGUAUGUUGCAGACAGCUCUGUUGAUCAGAGCCUUCUGUAGUGGCACCUCCGCAAUCCCGGUCCAUCAGGGUACUCUCCCUAGAAACCCUCCCUGCGUGUGCCACUGCAAACAGACUGGGGUAAAUUUACUAAGAUGGAAGUUUUAUUUAAAGAUGGGAUGUUGCCGAUUGCAACCAAUCAGAUUCUACUUCUCAUUUAUCUAGCACCUGCUAGAAGAUAAUACCUGGAAUCUGAUUGGUUGUUAUGGGCAACGGGGGUCAUUCCGAGUUGUUCGCUCGCAAGCUGCUUUUAGCAGCUUUGCACACGCUAAGCCGCCGCCUACUGGGAGUGAAUCUUAGCUUCUUAAAAUUGCGAGCGAAAGAUUCGCAAUAUUGCGAUAAGACAUCUCUGUGCAGUUUCUGAGUAACUCGAGACUUACUCGGCAUCUGCGAUCAGUUCAGAGCUUGUCGUUCCUGGUUUGACGUCACAAACACACCCAGCGUUCGCCCAGACACUCCUCCGUUUCCCCAGCCACUCCCGCGUUUUUCCCAGAAACGGUAGCGUUUUUUCACACACUCCCAUAAAACGGCCAGUUUCCGCCCAGAAACACCCACUUCCUGUCAAUCACAUUACGAUCACCAGAACGAAGAAAAAACCGUGAGUAAAAUUCCUAACUGCAUAGCAAAUUUACUUGGCGCAGUCGCAAUGCGGACAUUGCGCAUGCGCACUAAGCGGAAAAUCGCUGCGAUGCGAAGAAAUUUACAGAGCGAACAACUCGGAAUGACCCCCAACAUCCCAACUUAAAAAGAACGCCCAUCUAAUUUACCCCAUUGAGUGCCACUGUUCUUAAAAACUGAAUUGUAAAUGUGAUUUAUCCACUAGGGGGCAGUAAAGAUAUAUGCAAGUCUUCUUAACAGCGAAUAGUCACAUCAGAUUGAAAGUCCUGUUAGUAAAUGUGAUUGUGAAUGAGAAAUAUUUGGCCACAUUAAAAUAAAGAGCAUAUUUGACUCAUUAGAAUUAAAAACCAAGUAUAUUAAA